UGUCAACAUUCACCAUUUCCCACCCACCACCCACCACCCACCACUCACCUUGCAACUUCACGCCGCCCUUCAAUCUCGACCGGUUGUCGCCUCGUCUUCCUCGGAUCCCGGACGCAGCGCAGCACAUGUCUCGUUCCCAAACUGUCGCCUAAACAGCAGUUAUGGAGGGACCACUGGCCCCUGGGACGUCCAACGGCAUUCGAACCCCCAGUCCCGCCCCGUUGACGACAGAUCCUCAGAUUCUGCUCGACUAUCUUACGAAGCUUUUGGAGGUGAACUUGGGUGCAUCUGAAGCCGAUCUACGCGCCCCGGGCAGCUUACUCUCACCUUCGAGGUUGCAGGACACCUUGCAGCGCUGCACACGAUUUGCCCAGGAAUCACAGACUGUGCUAUACGUGUUGAAAGAGCGCCUGGAUGAAACUCGUAUAGAUCAGCAGGAUACUCUGAAUGGGAUUCCUGCACGCUAUUCGUAUACCCUCUCCUCCGAACUUACCUUUUCUACCGCAUGUGCGGCGUUUAUUGUGAUUACGAAGCGAGCGAUACCCAUAGACCCUGCGAUACCCCUCAGCGAUCAAGUUCAGAUUCAUACUCUUUCCGGCUUUAAUCCUUCGACUAAUAAUGCGUCUUCGCAAGACACCUCUCCCCUUGAAACCCUACAUUCGAUCCUCCAGUACUCGGUUGAACCCUACUUCGAUGGCUACGCAAAGAGUCAGCGCAGCCUGGCUGGCGCAUAUAGCAAGGGUGACACUGACGCGCGCACCGGCCUUUCUGCGACAAAGAGGAAAAUCGCCGAGUUGGAAUUGAGUUUCCAGAACCUGCAGCAAAACGUUGAGAUCCCGCAACUUCUAUUGCCGCUCCACCCCAUCAUUCAGAAUGCGCUUGAAAAAGCGCAGGAACGCAACGUCAAACCCGCCCCCGAGCUGAUUGACCCCCUUGUUCUCGCGGACAGCACCUUUCUGAACGGACUUCAGUCAACAGUAAACGGUUGGAUCAGGUCGAUCCAGGGCAUAACGAGGACUUCGAGAGAUGUCCACACUGGUACCGCCACCCAGGAGAUCAACUUCUGGCUUUCCAUGGAGUCACGCUUGGAGGACAUCGAGGCGCAGCUUAGCAGCCCCGGCGUCAAGCUCACCUUGGACGUGUUGAAAAACGCGAAGCGAUUCCAAGCUACCGUGAGUUUCAGUGCCGAUACCGGGUUGAAGGAGAAAACAGAUACGGUGCAGAAGUAUAAUCAGCUGAUGCGCGACUUCCCCUUGGAUGAGCUUCUUUCCGCCACUUCCCUUCAGAAAGUGGAAGAGGCAAUCCAACAGAUCUUCAACCACCUGAACAAGAAACUUCGCAUCUGCCCCUAUCCCGUCCACAGAGCGCUCCCCUUUGUUGAGGCUAUCUCGGGCGAUCUGGAGGAUAGACUGCAGAACCUCCUCCACGGACGGACACUGAUGCACAUGGAGUAUCCCGAGUUCCAGGAGCUCAUGGCCAUUGCUGAGAGGAUCUGGCGUGCAUGGGAAGAGAACGUCAAGGAGUUCACCAACGUUGCUCGUGAGGUAACGAGACGACGUAAUGAGAAGUUCAUCCCCAUCAAGAUCAAUCCACGCCACAAGCAAGUCGAGGAUCGUCUGCGGUAUAUCACUACCUUCCGCAAAAACCAUGAGCAACUGCGACGCACCAUUGUCACUGUUCUUGGUUCCCAGUCCACCCUCUCUGCUCUUUCCGAUGGACCCCAAGGAAAGGAGACGGUCAUUGUGGAGGAGAUCGGCGACGUAGAUGCCGUGGAAGAAGUUGCUCUCGCUUAUGACGCCUUGAAAGACGUGGAUGUGCUGGAUGUUACCGCGGAGGGUACUCGCUUGUUCGAGCAGGCCGAGCAGAAGUACAAUGAACGUACCUCUCGUGUGGAGAAUUCCAUUAUAGCCAGGCUCAGAGAUCGCCUCGGUACUGCGAAAAGUGCGAACGAAAUGUUCCGCGUAUUCUCCAAGUUCAAUCCGCUCUUCGUGCGCCCAAAGAUCCGGGGUGCCAUCUCGGAAUACCAAACGCAGCUUAUAGACAACGUGAAACAGGACAUCUCUGCGCUACACGAGCGUUUCAAGCGCCAGUACGGCAACUCCGAAGCCCACGCCAUGGCACAGCUGCGCGAUUUUCCCCCUGUCUCUGGUGCUGUCAUCUGGGCCCGGCAGAUUGAAACGCAGCUGGACAGCUACAUGGGGAAGGUCGAGGAUAUUCUGGGAAAGGACUGGGCUUUGCAUGCUGAAGGGCAGAAGCUCCAAGCUGAGAGUAGCAUGUUCAAGAAGAAGCUCGAUACCCGGCCCAUUUUCGAGUCCUGGCUGCAAGAGGUCGCCCGGCGGAAAAUAUCCAUUUCUGGUCGACUCUUUCUCAUUAGCAAGAACCGCGCUGCUGGCAACAUCCUUGAGCUUGGGGUAAACUUCGAUGCUCAGGUUAUUGCACUCUUCAAAGAGGUCCGUAACCUGACUUGGCGUGGUUACCAAGUACCCCAUGGAAUCAACAACAUCUCAAAAGAGGCGAAGCGUGUCUACCCAUAUGCUGUCAGUCUUAUGGAGAGCGUUCGAACGUAUACGCAGACUGUACGGUCUAUCGGCGAGCUGUCCGGUGUUGCGCUUCUCCUCAACGGUUACGUCAAUGAUGUUCAGACCCUGAUCGGCAAAGGCGUACCGUUGAAGUGGGAAUCUUUCGUACAUGCAUAUGAUCUGCAUAUCCGACAAUCCAACUUUCCUACUGGAGCUCCUGCGACGGCCCGGAGUGAGAGCAAGCAUGUCCAGUUCGUUCGAGAAUUUGCAGCAGCAACUUCUCUGUUGCAGACCAAGGUGGCGACGCUUAUCGCAAUUCACACGAAUGUUGAGAAGGCGUUGAAGGACCUAGAAACGUGCCCUUAUACUGUCGAGUGUUUUCGACAAAACCUGGAGACCAUACAGCGCUCUGUCGACCAGCUCAAUCUUGAAAACUACGCCAACCUCUCAUCCUGGGUCUCGGGGAUGAAUGCUCGCAUCGAAUCGAUACUGUUGGUGAGGCUCACUCGGGCCAUCUCCCAGUGGAUCGACGUCUUCAACAAUGCCGAUGAUGUCGAAAGCGACCGAAGACCGUCAAGCCAACCUGCUCCAGUCAACCCCGAUGAUGUGAGACCUGUGCUCUCCAAGGUAACUCUGGAGAUCACCAUGCGCAACCAGGUCAUCUACCUCAACCCGCCCAUUGAGCAUGCUCGGGCAAGCUGGUUGGACCAGCUUCAGCAAUGGCUUGCCGUCAUUUGCAAUUUGCAAAAGGUCAAGGCAUCGCGAUAUCAGAUGCGUCUCGAAUUGAAUGAGGAUGUUUCCUCUACGCAGUUUUCGAAUCUGCCCAGUCGAUGCACAGACUCGUUGGCAGAGGUCUAUGGGGCUGUAGAAGGAAGACUACGCGAAAUCUCGUCUUAUGUGGACGAAUGGCUCCAGUUCCAGUCUCUUUGGGAUCUCCAGUCAGAACAUGUCUACGAGAUAUUAGGGGAGGACUUGUCUAGAUGGCUGCAGCUGCUACAAGAGAUUCGUAAGACACGCGCCACUUUCGACAACUCCGAUGUCAGCCGUCGCUUCGGGUAUGUUACCGUCGAUUAUGAGCAGGUGCAAGUCAAGGUCAACGCAAAGUAUGAUCAAUGGCAGCAAGAAAUUCUGGUCAAGUUUGCCAGCCGACUGGGUCAGCGCAUGGCCGAAGCAUACGCGGAAAUCGCAAAAGCACGCAAGGAUCUUGAAGCACAGACGCUGGAGGCGUCCUCGACGGCACAAGCCGUUUCCUUCAUUACCACCGUUCAGCAGUGUAAACGGAAGGUACAGGCAUGGGAGCCCGAGGUCGAAAUAUUUCGGCAGGGACAGACUAUGCUGGCACGUCAACGAUAUCAGUUUCCACCCGAUUGGCUUCACAUGGAUCAAAUAGACCAUGAAUGGCAGGCCCUUAACGACAUCUUGGAGAGGAAGUCCAAAGUCGCGGAUGACCAGGCCGAUGCCCUUCGUGCCAAGAUCAUCGCCGAAGACAAGUUGGUCAACCAGAAAAUAUCUGAUCUCACCGGUGAAUGGUCUGAACAGAAACCGGUGUCAGGAAGCAUUGCCCCGGCAGAUGCAUCGGCGACCCUUGCGACAUUUGACCAGAAGCUCAAUCAGCUUCGCACCGAAUCCGAGAAUAUAUCCAAGGCCAAGGAGGCGCUUGGCCUGCCCCCGUCGCCAGAGAACACUCUUGCUUCCUUGCUCGAGGAAGUACAGGACUUCAAGGCUGUCUGGUCGGUUUUGGACACGAUAUGGGGCAGCCUAAAUGACCUCCGAGAUACACUUUGGACUAGCAUCCAGCCCCGGAAGCUUCGGCACAAUCUUGAUAACCUCCUUAAAAUGACAAAGGACCAGCCCGCUCGGAUGCGUCAAUACGCGGCAUUCGAACAUAUCCAGAACACGGUGAAGCAAUUGCUAAAGGUUAACUCCCUGCUUGGUGAAUUACGCUCGGAUGCCAUGAGGGAGCGCCAUUGGGUGAGGUUGUUCAAACAACUAAAACCCCAAAAGCGGUACUCAGCCUCUUCCAUGACCCUCGGAGACGUAUGGGAUCUUCAACUUGGUCCAAGCGAAAAGAUCAUCCGGGAUGUGAUCACUCAAGCGCAGGGAGAAAUGGCAUUGGAGGAGUUCAUUAAGCAAGUUCGGGAGACGUGGCAGAAUUAUGCGCUCGAGCUUGUGAACUACCAGAACAAGUGUCGACUGAUUCGCGGUUGGGACGACCUAUUCGCCAAAUGCAGUGAGAAUCUCAACUCACUUCAAGCAAUGAGGCACUCCCCUUAUUACAAAGAAUUCGAAGAGGAGGCAUCAGCGUGGGAGGAGAAGCUGAACCGGGUUCACGUUCUGUUUGAUGUGUGGAUCGAUGUCCAGCGUCAAUGGGUCUAUCUGGAGGGCGUGUUCACGGGCAAUGCGGACAUCAAGCAUCUCCUCCCAAUGGAAUCGUCUCGCUUUCAAAACAUCAACUCCGAAUUUCUGUCGGUUAUGAAGAAGGUAUCCCGGCAGCCGUUCGUUCUGGAAGUCCUCAAUAUCUCUGGAGUUCAGAAGUCUCUGGAACGUCUUGCCGAGCUCUUGAACAAGAUCCAGAAAGCACUCGGAGAAUACCUUGAACGCGAGCGCGUAUCGUUCCCCAGAUUCUACUUUGUCGGCGACGAGGACCUGCUGGAGAUUAUCGGUAACAGCAACGAUACCCUGCGCAUCUCGAAACAUCUCAGAAAGAUGUUCGCGGGCGUGUCUGGUCUAAUCACCGACGAGAAUGGCACCAUUAUCGGGUUCUCAUCGAAGGAGGGUGAGGAAGUUCUGCUUCGGAACGAAGUUUCUCUUGUGAAAACACCUAGGAUCAAUGAGUGGCUCGGAGCGCUUGAGCUAAGCAUGAAGACAACGCUAGCUGAGCUGACGGUCGAAGCGUUUCAGGAGUUUGGAGCACUGAUGGAAGCCGAAAGUAUGGAUACAGUCGCUUUUGACGCCUACAUUUCGAAAUAUCCCGCGCAAGUCGUUGUGCUUGGAACUCAGGUUGCUUGGACAUCGGCUGUGGAGAAGUCACUUGCGGCCGAAGGAACCACGCUGCCGCAGUUGUACGAAAAGCAGGUGAACAUCCUGAAGUUGCUGGCCACGUCCGUUCUUGGGGACUUGGAAGCCAUACAUCGGAGAAAAUGCGAGCAUCUCAUCACUGAAUUCGUGCAUCAACGAGAUGUUAUCCACCGGCUGCAGAAGGCAGGCGCUCGAUCGAUUAACCACCCAAUGUGGCUGUUGUCAAUGCGUUAUGUGUAUGAGGCCGACAAGGACCUGUUGCAGCGACUGAAGGUCAAGAUGGCCAACUCCGUGUUGGACUACGGAUUCGAAUAUCUCGGCGUGGCAGAGCGUCUGGUCCGAACUCCACUUACUGAUCGCUGCUUUCUCACCCUUACUCAAGCCUUGUGUCAAAGACUCGGUGGCUCACCUUAUGGACCUGCAGGCACCGGUAAGACUGAAUCCGUCAAAGCCUUGGGCGUUCAGCUUGGACGCUUCACUCUUGUCUUCUGCUGCGAUGACACAUUCGACUUCCAAGCGAUGGGCCGCAUCUUCUUGGGCAUUUGUCAAGUUGGCGCGUGGGGCUGUUUCGACGAGUUCAAUCGUUUGGAGGAGCGAAUUCUCUCUGCCGUGUCACAGCAAGUCCAGAAUAUCCAGCUUGGAUUGCGCAAAGGCGCAGAAGAUGACAAAGCUCAAAUUGAGUUGAUCGGUCGUCAAUUGAGGGUCAAUACCAACACGGGGAUCUUCAUCACCAUGAAUCCUGGCUACGCUGGUCGUUCCAAUCUUCCGGACAAUCUCAAGAAGCUGUUCCGGAGCGUCGCAAUGUCCAAGCCGGACAAAGAACUGAUCGCUGAAGUGAUGCUCUAUUCGCAAGGCUUCUCUCGUGCGAAAGAGCUCUCUAAGCAAGUAGUCCCAUUCUUUGACAGCUGCUCUACGAAACUGUCGAAACAAGCACACUACGAUUUCGGUUUGCGUGCUUUGAAGAGCGUCCUUGUCAGUUCUGGUGGUUUGAAGCGUGCGCGUAUCGCCAUCCAAGGAACGGCGGGGACUGAUGAAGAGACCAUGGAGCCACAGAUCAUCGUCCAGAGCUUGCGAGAGACCAUGGCCCCCAAGCUCAUCCGAUCGGAUGUUGACAUCAUGAAGACUAUUGAAGAAGCGGCAUUCCCGGGCGUCGCUUACAUCCCCGCGCCACUUGAUAAGUUGGAAACGGCGAUUAGAGCCGCUGCAGAAGAAUCCAAGUUGGUCGUUCGGGAUGCAUGGUUGACGAAAAUCCUGCAACUCUACCAAAUUCAAAAUCUCCAUCACGGUGUCAUGAUGGUGGGUUCAUCUGGGUCCGGCAAGUCAACUGCGUGGAAAACCUUGCUGUCUGCCCUCCAGGCCGUUGAGGGCGUAGAAGGUGUCUGCCAUGUCAUUGAUCCCAAGGUCAUGUCCAAGGAGAUGCUCUAUGGAACCCUCGACAGUACCACUCGCGAAUGGACAGAUGGUCUGUUCACAAGCAUCCUCCGGAAGAUUGUUGAUAACCUUCGUGGCGAAGAUAGCAAGCGACAUUGGAUUGUCUUCGAUGGCGAUGUUGAUCCAGAGUGGGUCGAAAACCUGAACAGUGUUCUGGACGACAACAAAUUGCUUACGUUGCCUAACGGCGAACGAUUGAAUCUUCCGCCUAACGUUCGCAUUAUGUUUGAAGUGGAGACUUUAAAAUACGCCACCCUCGCCACUGUCUCUCGUUGCGGAAUGGUCUGGUUCAGUGACGAUACCGUCGACGUGGAAAUGAUGAUCUCGAAUUAUAUCCAAAACCUAAGGACCAUUCCUUUCGACGAUAUCGAAGAUGACUCUGUAGCGCCAGGGCAGAUGUCCCAAAAGACCUUGCAAGUGCAAGGUACGAUAGCCGAGUUCCUUAGUAUCAAGCUGACCCAGGAUCGAUUCAUUGAGAAGGCGCUCAGUAUGGCCCGGAAGUAUAAGCACAUCAUGGAGUACACUGACAUCCGGGCACUCAACACUCUCUUUUCUCUGCUGAACAAGGCAUGUCGCAAUGUCCUGGAGUACAACGUGCAGCAUCAAGACUUUCCCAUGGAGGACGAAGCUGUUGAAGCUUAUCUUUCGAAAAAGUUGCUCGUGGCGCUGGUCUGGGCAUUGGUAGGUGACUGCCCUCUUUCAGACCGCAAGUUGUUCGGCGAUCAGAUCGCCAGCCUAACCGAUGUCGAAUUGCCGGACCUGAAUGCCAGCACUUCUCUGAUUGAUUUCGAUGUCAAGCCUGACAAACAGCGAUGGUCAAUGUGGCAAGAUGAAGUCCCGAGCAUGGAGGUCAACACCCAUUCCAUAACCCAAACGAAUGUCGUCAUUCCUACUCUGGACACUGUGCGUCACGAAGAUGUGCUCUAUUCCUGGCUCGCCGAGCAUAAGCCGCUCUUACUUUGCGGUCCUCCAGGUUCGGGUAAGACGAUGACGCUUUUCAGUGCCCUCCGGAAGCUUCCCAAUAUGCAGGUGGUCGGCCUCAAUUUCUCCAGCGCCACAACGCCCGACCUGCUUAUUAAAACUUUCGAACAAUACUGCGAGUACAAGAAGACGCUCAACGGCGUUCAGCUGACGCCAACCCAAGUUGGCCAGUGGCUCAUCAUAUUCUGCGACGAAAUCAACUUGCCUGCACCGGACAAGUAUGGGACACAGCGAGCUAUUUCCUUCCUGAGACAGCUUGUCGAGCAAAAUGGAUUCUGGCGAACUUCUGAUAAAACCUGGGUCACACUUGAUCGCAUCCAGUUUGUUGGGGCCUGCAAUCCUCCUACCGAUGCUGGUCGUACGCCUAUGGCCCUGCGCUUCUUGCGGCACUCACCGUUGAUCAUGGUGGAUUAUCCUGGCGAACAGUCCCUUCUCCAGAUCUAUGGAACUUUCAACAGCGCGGUACUCAAAAUCAUCCCUACUCUUCGCGGCUACGCAGAUGCACUCACCAAAGCAAUGGUCCAAGUCUACGCCGAAUCACAGAAGCGCUUUACCCCGGACAUUCAGCCUCAUUACGUCUACUCUCCUCGUGAACUGACCAGAUGGGUGCGCGGUGUUUAUGAAGCCUUGCGUCCGCUGGAAACCUUACCUGUUGAAGGUUUAGUAAGAAUAUGGGCGCAUGAAGCCUUGCGGCUUUUCCAAGAUCGCUUGAUCGCCGAAGAAGAGAGGAAGUGGACAGAAGAGUGUGUCCAUCGUGUAGCAUUGGAACACUUCCCCAAUAUCGACGAGGAAAAGGCCCUUGGCGGUCCCAUCCUAUACUCCAAUUGGCUGUCGAAGAAUUAUGUACCGGUUGAGCGCGACCAGCUUCGCGAGUUCGUCAAAGCACGUCUGAAGACCUUCUGCGAGGAGGAGGUAGAUGUACCGCUUAUAUUGUUCAACGAUGUACUCGAGCACGUGCUUCGCAUCGAUCGGGUCUUCCGCCAACCACAAGGUCACCUGAUUCUCAUUGGUGUUAGCGGCAGCGGGAAGACCACACUCUCACGCUUUGUUGCUUGGAUGAAUGGAUUGAAGGUGUACCAGAUCAAGGUCCACGGGAAAUAUUCUGGAGAAGAUUUCGACGAGGAUCUGCGAAAUGUGCUCCGUCGAUGCGGUUGCAAGGGCGAAAAGAUCUGUUUCAUCAUGGACGAAGCUAAUGUCCUGGACUCUGGUUUCCUCGAGCGAAUGAACACGCUGCUUGCAAACGCCGAGGUUCCCGGGCUUUUUGAGGGUGACGAGUACGCUUCGCUGUUGACUGCUAUUAAGGAGGGCGCUCAACGUCAAGGAACUAUCCUGGACUCCCAGGAGGAACUGUACAAAUGGUUCACCGAUCAGAUCGUCAAGAAUCUCCACGUGGUCUUCACUAUGAAUCCACCUGAGGAAGGCUUGUCUUCUAAGGCGGCUACUAGUCCUGCGCUGUUCAAUCGCUGCGUCCUUAACUGGUUUGGUGACUGGUCGGACCAAGCGCUCUACCAAGUGGGCUCGGAACUCACGCAGUCUGUAGACCUGGACCGACCAAACUUUGCCGCACCCGAUACACUGCCCGUCGUCUAUCGCGGUCUUAGUCUCCCACCGUCCCACCGCGAGUCUGUAAUCAACGCCAUGGUGUACAUUCAUCAUUCCCUGCAUCGAUUCAACAGCAGGCUGCUGAAGCAACAAAACAAGAAGACGCACCUCACACCCCGCCAUUACCUAGAUUUUGUUGCUCAGUAUGUUAAGCUGUACAACGAGAAGCGUGAAGAACUCGAGGAGCAGCAGCGUCAUCUCAAUGUCGGCUUGGAUAAACUGCGCGAGACUGUAGAGAAGGUCAGAGACCUUCGCGUCAGCCUGGCAGAGAAGAAGACUCAGUUGGAAAGGAAAGAUGCGGAGGCUAAUGAGAAACUGCAACGCAUGCUGGCCGACCAACAGGAGGCGGAAGAAAAGAAGAAGGGCUCCAUACAAAUCCAAGCACAGCUGGCGAAAGCGGAGGAAGAGAUUGCGUCCCGACGCGAGGUCGUCAUGCAAGACCUUGCUGCCGCCGAGCCUGCUGUAUUGGAAGCUCAGAAGAGCGUGCAGAACAUCAAGCGCCAGCAUUUGACAGAGGUCCGCUCUAUGGCUAACCCACCUGCUGGUGUCAAGCUAGCCCUCGAGGCUGUGUGUACUCUUCUUGGCCAUAAAAGCACGAGUUGGAAGGACAUACAAUCGGUUGUGAGACGCGACGACUUCAUUGCAAGCAUCGUACAGUUUGACAACGAAAGACAGAUGACUGCUAGUCAUCGCAGAAAGAUGCAGAGCGAAUAUCUUUCCAAGGACGACUUCACAUAUGAGAAGGUGAACCGUGCUUCCAGAGCUUGUGGACCGCUCGUCCAAUGGGUGUCUGCUCAAGUCAAUUAUUCCGACAUUCUCGAUCGUGUUGGUCCACUACGUAACGAGGUUGCUCAGCUUGAGGAGGAUGCGCAGGCAACGAAGAACCAGGCCAGGGAAACCGAAAUUCUCAUCAAGAAUCUCGAAGACAGCAUCACGCGUUACAAGGCGGAAUACGCGGACCUCAUCAGCGAAACACAGGCGAUCAAAUCCGAAAUGGCAUCGGUGCAGUUCAAGGUUGACCGCAGCGUGCGUCUCCUGGAUAGCCUGUCUUCUGAGCGAAUCCGAUGGGAGGAAAGCAGCAAGUCGUUCGAUUCGCAGAUUGAUACUAUCGUCGGUGACGUACUUGUUGCUGCUGCUUUCAUGGCGUAUGGUGGAUACUAUGAUCAACAAUACAGGAAGGCGAUGUUGGAGGACUGGCUUCACCAUUUAUCGCUCUCCGGUAUCAGUUUCAAAUCACCGAACCCUAUCACUGAGUAUCUCUCCACCGCGGACGAGCGGUUAUCAUGGCAGCAUAACUCCUUGCCCGUCGACGAUCUCUGCACGGAGAACGCCAUCAUCCUGAAGAGAUUUAACCGCUACCCUCUCAUUAUCGAUCCCUCAGGACGCGUUACCGAAUUCUUGCAGAAUGAGUGCAAGGACCGCCGUCUUACGGUUACCAGUUUCUUGGACGAUUCUUUCACUAAACAGUUGGAAAGCUCUCUUCGUUUCGGCAACCCCAUCCUCAUUCAGGAUGCCGAACAUCUAGAUCCCAUACUCAAUCAUGUUCUCAACAAGGAGUAUCAGAAAACCGGUGGCCGCGUGCUUAUCCAGCUUGGUAAACAGGAAAUCGACUUCUCGCCUUCGUUCAGAUUAUUCUUGUCUACUCGCGACCCUUCCGCAAAUUUUGCCCCAGAUAUUUGCAGCCGCACGACGUUUGUCAACUUCACUGUUACCCAGAGCAGUCUGCAGACGCAAACCCUCAACGAAGUCCUCAAGUCUGAGAGGCCCGAUGUCGAUGAGCGCCGCUCCAACCUCAUUAAGAUGCAAGGAGAGUUCAGCGUACAUCUUCGACAACUGGAGAAGCGCCUGCUUCAAGCCCUCAAUCAGUCACGCGGAAACAUUCUGGACGACGACCAUGUCAUUGAGACGCUCGAGACCUUGAAGAAAGAAGCCGCAGAAAUUUCCGCGAAGGCCUCUGAGACAGCCGGUGUUAUGACAGAAGUUGAAAAUAUCACUAAGGAAUAUGCUGUUGUUGCCCGGUCGUGCUCUGCUAUAUUCGCUGUGUUGGAGCAGCUGCACCACCUUAACCACUUCUAUCAAUUCUCGCUCCAAUACUUCACCCAAAUCUUCGAAACGGUUCUUCGAAAAGUGCGAAACUCCAAUACAAAUGGGUACGCCGCUCGCAUCGAUCAGAUCAUCGCCGAGCUGUUCUUCGAUACCUACCGCCGCACGUCAUUGUCUUUGCUUCAGAAGGACCGCGUUACUCUCGCUAUGCUCCUCGUCCAGGCAGCACCAUAUAAGAUGGAUAAAUCGCUCAUCGACACCAUCCUGGAUGAUGACCUGCAGGGAGUUGACGUCUCCACUCAACCUCAUCGGAAAGAUGAAGCAAUGGCUCGCGCGUACAGAGUCUCGGUUCUCAAGAACGAGUUGGAAAUGGUUGACGAUGAGACAUGGAACGCGUUCUUUAGCGAGGAACUGGCCGAAGAUCACGUGCCACCAGCCUGGCCUGCGGAUAUCAACAAGUACGAUCGACAUCUGCGUUCUUUGAUACUAGUGAAGCUCUUCAGGGUGGAUCGCUUUGUGCCCGCUUCAGAACGGUUUGUCAACGAAGUAUUCGGCCAUGGUCUUUCGGACAUCGCGGGCGAUUUGGGUGAAAUUGUCAAGCAGGUCACGGCCAUUACUCCUGUGGCGCUCAGCUCCAGUCCUGGAUUUGAUGCUAGCUACAAGGUUGACAAUCUUGUUGAAAAGGAGCGUGCGACGUGCACUAAUAUUGCGAUGGGUUCAAAUGAAGCAGUGGCAAGUGCCGACAAAGCCAUUAGCAACGGUGCCACGACCGGGAAUUGGGUGCUUGUCAAGAACGUUCAUCUCGCGCCACAAUGGUUGCAGUCUCUGGAAAAGCGGCUCGAAGCGCUCAAGCCAAACCCCGACUUCCGGCUGUUCCUUUCCAUGGAGUCAAGCCCCAAGAUACCCGUCAACCUGCUUCGCGCCUCUCGUAUCCUGUCCUACGAGCAACCAGCGGGCAUUCGCGCUAACAUGAAGGAUUCCAUGUCUUCAUUAGCCGAGAAGGCAACGAAGCCGCCUGUCGAGAAGGGCCGAAUCUACCUACUGUUGUCGUUUUUGCAUGCGGUCAUCCAGGAACGUCUGCGAUACGCUCCAACUCUCGGCUGGAAAGGCUUCUGGGAGUUCAAUGAUAGCGAUUACGAAUGCUGCAGCUUUAUCAUUGACACAUGGAUUGACUCGGUUGCGCAAGGCCGUACCAACGUUCGCCCUGAGAGCAUACCGUGGGACAUUUUGCGCACACUAAUCACGGAGAUGUACGGUGGCAAGAUCGAUGACGAUGGCGAUUUCCGCACAUUGUCGUCGCUCGUUGAAGGUUGCAUCAGCCCGCUCGCCUUCGAAGACAAUUUCAAGAUCGUUAAGGACACGGAGCAAGGUACGGGCCUUGACUUGCCCAGCUCAACAAGCUGGUCGUCAUUCUUGGAUUGGGUAAACCGCCUGCCAGAGCGCGAGCCACCGACAUAUCUCGGGCUUCCAGCCAAUGCGGAGAAACUCCUCCUUGUUGGCCUUGCCAAGGAUAUGUGUGGAAACCUGAAGAGAGUGCUGGAUAUGUUGGAUGAGGGUGAGCAGAUCAUGGCUGAAGCUGAGGGAUAGGCGCAUCUUGAUUUUCUGUUCUGGUGGUAUACUGUGUGUUGCACUGUUCACGGCUAUACGGCGGCGAUGUUUCUUUUUGUUACAAUGCAUGAUAUCGGUUGGAAGUUUCUGAUCCGGAGCAUGACAAUCGGUGUCCGAGGUAUCGGGUUAUCUACUACUGCGACUAUUUGCUUCAUCAGGUAUACCCUUUUCUUUUCUACACAGCGUAUAGCCUGUAUUUGAAUUGUACGGAUAUCCUAAAUCCUAAAUAACUAGCAUUGGUUGACCCUGAUAUGAGCCAGGACUGGUAAUGGUAG